CCUCCCCUGUUGCUGCUGCUGGGACUGGGCGCGCGCACGGUGCUCGGCUGUCCGUGGUAACAGCGCGGCGCAGUCCACUAUGCCGCGGGUCCAACGGCGUCAGCUGUAAUGAGGCAGUGUAAUGUGUGUCGUAGCCUACCGGACCGAACCGCUGACACUCCGCGCUUAGGCUACUCUUCUCCGUCCAUGCAGAAGAUGGUGGCUGGCGGCUAGUUCCAACUUCGGACUCCGUGGUUUCUUUCCUUCGGCGAAGCGCACUGAAAUCAGUUGAUAGUAUAUACAGGAAAAUGGGGAGAGAGAGAGGAAAUAACACGCAGCAAAGGGACGCUGCCAAGGACUCAACCUACAUGAGGAGCACGCUCUACCGGAGGGGUCCUGAGAUGACGGAAGUGGAGCCAGUGUUGGACUUUGCCUCCUCGGGGCGCUCGGGGAGGAGAAAUGCCCUGCCUGACAUCCUGGGCUCGCCGGCAGGCGUAAACCCUGGCGACCUGCCUCUUAAGCUGGCUGAGCUGUCCCUCAAAGAUGGCCCGGGAGGGGCCCAGUCACCCACGGCGGAGGGGCCUCCAGCGCCGCCGGAGAGCUCCGAGGGGAAAGAGGGAUCGUAGGGAUUCGUUUAUUUACCUCCCCGGAGACCUGCCAAGAUACCCUGAGAGACGGGGCGAGGAGCGAGUUAGAGCGCGACCGGUGGGAGAAAGAGCGAUUAUCUGUGGAGAGCCAGUCUGUUUGUGAAGCAGCUGAGCCACGGAGGGAGGGGGACCGAGCGACUCCCCAAAGACUGGAGCCAGGCACUCGGCACUAUCUGAAAAGAGUUAGACGUCUAUUAGUUAUGAACCAGUGAGAGAGUGUGAGUGUGUGUGUGUAUGUAUGUAUGUAUGUAUGUAUGUAUAGGUGAGUUAUACACUCACCGCGGACACUACACUGAGAAUCAGAAGGACCAUGACAGAUUGUAUACUGUACACUACUAUUUUUAUAUGAUUUAUUUAAAACUAAACAUAAACAGGAACUCAUAAGUCAAACUGUAAUAUGUACCAUUUGCUUUUCCUUUACAGUGAUGUGUGUUACUUUACAUUGAGGGAUAGUAGGAGGGAUAUUAAGGGACUAAAAGCCUGUAGCGGUUCCAAGCUUUUACAUCCAGCUGGACGCAAAGUGGCACGUGACGUAAGGAAACGGGGAAAUCUUUUGUGUCGUCUUCUGCUUUUACACUAACUGUGUAUAAUCUACUGUAUGUUUUCAAAUCUGAGGCUGUUGUACACUAUAUCUUUAUUGUAAAUGUACAGUUUUUAUCUCCUGUUGCAGACUGUUUUGAUCCUAAACUUUUUUUUUAGGUGUCCAUACAGACACGUUAGGUGAUAACGUAGAAGAACCGUCCAUAUCUUGAGACAUUCCUUUAGUGUCCCACUGCCAGCAAUGUACACACCGCUUUAUUAUAAUACUGAGAAAUAUCAGAGGUUUCCCUUCUGGUUAUUGCUCAAGGCUGCUUUUAAAAGUCUCUUCACUUUCCAGAACCUCUGAAAAUGUGCCUAGUGGCAGUUCACAACCCAAAACGUGUGUUGUGUUCUCUCUCUGUGAAGUACUGUUAUUGACUAUUUUGGGCUACUGAUAUUUCCUCGGUUUUAAUAGGAGGUAUCAUAACACAUCUUUACGGCUUGAACUGUAAAUGAAAGAUGAAAACAAACUUUUGUAACAUUCUGCAGACCUGCAUCUGCGGAUCCUACACUGUCAGGAAAUGGCGUUCAGUUUUGCGUAAAAAAAAUAAAAUAAAAAUAAAACUUCGGCAGGGCAUCUCGGGCUCCUCGCACGCCACUUCAUAUAGCGACAGCGGUAUAUGGCCGCUGACUGGGCACGGGGAGCGAGCGUCGAGCAACACCGCCGCCACAAUGUGUUUUUCCGAGUGCCCGUAAAUGGCAGCGCGCUCGCCUUCUGCCUCUCCGCACGGAGAAAAGUCUGUUCACACUCAUCAACACAUACGCAGAGCUGUGAAUAGGAUGCGAGACGGGACAGCGAGAAAACGGCGACGCUCCACAUUUUGUCAGCUAUCCGCUCUACUCCACUGCUACUGUAAAUAUACUGUGUUGUAGUAUAACCCAUGUGUGUCAUACAUGCUGCCUGUAUGCUGACAGACUUUAUUCACAUACUGUGUACCCACAAAGAAAUGGUGUUCUGUAAUUGUCUCUAGUUUUUGCCAGUGGCUGUGUCUUUAAGUGGAUGUGUUUCACAAAUCUAACAAAGGAAAGCCUGGUGUGCAGCUGCCCCGCCUCAGCCGUACUUUGAUUAACACUGAUGAGAAGUGUUAAUGGUCUACACCCGAGCUGUAUGAUCACCCCCCUUUUUUUUUUCUUUUGGAGUGAUGAUUUUAAAAAAAAAGGUGUAUUUUGUAGUGUCCUGAUCUCUAAGUGGUGCAUACAUUUUACUUGGCUGGAUUGAAUCCCAUGUGUUGAUUCUAUCUGGUGGUGAAACCUGCCAUAUUAAACCCACGAGCUUUACAUAUA